UGCUGUGGGCAGCCAGUCCGCCGCCGCGACGCCGCACCGAUCUGCACCUGCCCCGCUCCCAUGGACAGACACCCGACUUUAAUGCGAAUCGAGGAGGGAAUUUUUUGCCAAUCGCAGACAUGAGGAGCACAUGUAUGUGGUUGUCUUUUACGUGCAUGGCGACUAGCGUUCACACAUCCAAAGCCCGAAUGUACAACGCCUCUUUUUUGGGGGGGAUCUUCGAGGCGCCCGCGAACCGCUCCGGUUUGCUUACGGUGGAUGAGAGUACUUUGGCUGACUGGCAGUUUCUUAUAGGCAAAAAGAAAUACGGCGCAGAGUCUCAGGAUCCCACUGUGAAAGCUCUUCUAAUCAUCGCGUAUUCUUUCAUAAUCGUAAUCUCCCUCUUCGGAAAUAUCCUCGUUUGCCAUGUCGUGAUAAAAAACAAAAGGAUGCACUCCGCCACUAGUUUGUUCAUCGUUAACCUGGCUAUAGCUGACAUCCUCAUCACCUUGCUCAACACCCCGUUCACUCUCGUCCGUUUUGUUAACAGCACGUGGGUCUUCGGGAAGGACAUGUGUCACAUCAGUAGAUUCGUGCAGUACUGCUCCCUGCACGUCUCCACCCUAACCCUUACGGCCAUAGCGUUGGACAGGCGGCAGAUUAUUCUGCACCCUUUAAAGCCUCGGAUGUCUCCUGCUCGGGGUGUGAUCUGGAUCGCCGUCAUUUGGCUGAUGGCCAGCUGCUUCUCGCUCCCUCACGCCAUCUACCAGAAGCUUUUUACUUUCGUAUACAGUAAGAACAUCCUGAGAAGUCUGUGUGUCCCAAAUUUCCCGGAGCCUUCCCACCUUUAUUGGAAGUACAUCGACCUGGCGACCUUCAUCCUACUCUACGUGCUUCCGCUCCUCAUCAUCACGGCAGCCUACACCACAGUUGCCCGCCGGCUGUGGCGGCGCAAUGCCAUCGGCGAUGUCACCACCCAGCAGUACUUCGCCCACCGCAAGAAGAAGAAGAAGACCAUCAAGAUGCUGACUGUGGUGGUCGUGGUCUUCGCUGUCUGCUGGUUCCCGCUCAACUGCUACGUGGUGCUGCUGUCCAGCCAGGUUAUCCGCAGCAGCAAUGCCAUUUACUUCUCCUUCCACUGGCUGGCCAUGAGCAGCACGUGCUACAACCCUUUCAUCUACUGCUGGCUCAAUGAGAACUUCCGUGCCGAGCUGAAGUACCUUCUGAGCAUGUGCGGGAAGCGGCCUGGGCCAGCCCCUGAGAACCAGCCCCCGUCUGGGACUCACUGCCACCGCACUGCCUGGCCCGAGAGCCGAGGCUCCUCCCACUCCCGGCCCAAGGACACCCAUGCGUUCAGGUUCACCUCCCACAAUCACUCUGGCAAAACAGAUAUUCUCUCUGUGGAGCCAAUCGUAGCAGUGAGCUAAUGGUUAGGCCCCACCUCCAUCACAAAUACUCCCUUUGUGGAACCUAUCGUAGCAGCGAGCUAAUGGUUAGGCUCCGCCUCCAUCACAGAUAUUUUUUCUGUGGAGCCAAUCGUAGCGGUGAGCUAGCGGUUAGGCCCCGCCUCCAUCGCAGACACUCAUGAUCAGUGGUUGAAGCCCAUGUGGAGCCCUAAGCAAACACCAGCACCUCUCUAGUACUGCCAUCACAUUACUGCUCUAUGUUAGCACAGCAGAGGGUACAAGUGCUUGUAGGAGCAUGAGGAGCAUCUGAAAUUGGCUUGCUAAGUUAGUGAUGGAGCCCUAGGUGCCUAAUUGGUUGACUUGUGUUAAGUCCAUCCUGUAAAUACCAUUAAAGUAUUAUAAAUAAAACAACAGUGUACAUAUCUUUAAAUCUUAGAAAUUUGCUCUAAAAUAGCAGAAGAUAUCCAGCCUUGUUGUGAUCACUGACCCCUAACUUUUGAUUUCAUAUAUUUUUUAGCUCUGUGAUUUCAGGCAUUAAUGAUUUACGGUACUGUGGUUGUGAAUCAUACCUGAGGUUGACAUGUACAGCUUGACUUCACAUGUCCAUGAUGCUCGAAU